AUGACAACAGCAAAUAGUGGAUUGUUGGAAGAAUGGCUGAAGAAUUUUGCAAUAGAUGCGGCGCAGACGUCCCAGGCGUCGCAGACUGUGGAUGACGCAACCGCAGCCAAGAAAAUUACAGAAGAAAUGAAGAAAGAUUUGAAUAAAGAAUUCGAUGAAUUGGGCAAGUGGCUGACGAGGCCGGAAUCGAAUGAAAUACAUAAAUUCUGUCAUGAUGAAGUCGAUUGGGGGGGCGGAGGAAGUCAAUAUGAAAAAGUAUUGUGCGAAGGUUUGGCCGAAAUAAAGUACUUCAUGAAUGGAGUAGAAACAAAGAAGGCGGGGAAGGGUAGGAGUGGCAAUGAUGAGGAAGCACAAAUUACGAAGCUCACCAAUGGCAAAGCUUAUACACGGUGUAUUGUCGGCGCCGUCGCCCUAUCUGAGAUUUAUGGGGAUCAUUGUAAAUUAAAGGAAGUUGUAGAGAGGGUUCAAGAGAAGGUGACGGACGGAGUGGAGGACAAAUUGAGGAAUCACUUGGAGGAUCAGGGGUACGGGAAUCAAUUGAACACAUGCCAAGGAAUUACUAUGGAACAACUAUUCAUUGGUAAAUCCAUUCUAGGCAGUACAAUAAAAGAAUGGACGAAACAGAAAAGGAGCAUGGGGGUGAAUGGCGGUUGGAGGGUAGGAAGGCAGUGGACAGAAAGGUGGCCACAGGUCUGUGGGGGAAAGGGAAAACAGAUGAAUGCGCAGUAUUUGCAGGGACUGAGGAAAGAGAGUGCUCAGCAUAUGACAAAAUUUUUAAAAGUGGGCGAUGAUAACAUGAGCAGUAAGACAACUACUGAUGGAAAACCGACUUUAGAAGAAAUAUUAACAGAAGAAGGAUACACCAUCUCUCAAGACAAAUUAACUAAAGUACUCCAGGUAUUAGCGGACAAUACUGGUAGUGCCGUUACUGUGGACCCCUCAAAUCUGACGACACUAAUGCAGACCUUAGAGGCGAUAUCGAAGGAAUCUCAUGCUGAUGUAUGCAUGAAGCAAGAAGGCAAGACAUUUUGUGAGCGCUUGCAAUGUGCAGAACAAUAUUGGAAAUUGAAUAACAACGGGCAGAACACUCAGAAGGACUUCUGGGAAGAACAAGUCAAGGUGAAGCUGAGCAGUCUCAUCACUAAGGCGGUAGACAAUGGUGACACCGGAGGUGCCAAUUGCAACGACCCUUCUAUGAAUAGUGCAAACAAAGCAGCAUGUGAACACAUGGCAAAAUUGUUGAAUCACAUGUACCAAAAUGCAAAUAGUGGUACUAACAAAUAUUCUGAUCAAAUUAUAAAAUGUGCUCUGUUAAAGGAAUAUGCUAAAAAAUUAAAGGACGAAGCACAGAAAAAAGGGCUUUGUGACAUAGGAAGUGGUUUGGAGAAAGCUUUCAAUGAAAGUAAAACCAUUAUGAUGAGUGCGUCAGGUCAAUGCACAGCUGGUACUAAUGGUUCUAAUUCUUGUUUUGAAUGUAGCUGGGACGAUAACGACGAGCUUAAAAGUUGCACCGUUGGAUCUGACGAUGUAAAGGAAAAAGUGGGACCAAUGCUCAACAGCAGCGAAAAGACGAACCAAGCCGGAUUACAACAAACCUUGAUUGCCUUCAAUACGAACAAUACCUUAUGUGAACGAGUAAAAUGUGCCAUGAAUUGGUAUAAGACCAACAGGGCGAAUGGGGCGACGAGCAGUGACUGGGAGGAAGUAUGGAAUAAAGUCAAAGAGGAUGUCACCUCACUUGGCACCGCCAUGUCUAACGAUGCAGACAACAGUGCAGACACCCAUUGCAGUACCUUAAGCGGGAAGAACAAAGAAAUAUGUCUGCUCUUCUCGGGAGGAUUGAAGAAGUUGUAUAGUAUUAAUGACGGCGACGCUGCAACCCAAUCAUUUAAACGAACCAUGAUGUGCGCAGCAUUAAAUGCUUACGCAAAUAAAAUAAAGAAAGAAGCAGCGGAGAAAAAGAAUUGUAGCAUAGAGAAUGGUAUAAAUGGGGCCUUUAGUAAAAUUGAUGAUAUUAUGAAGGAAGCAACACCUCCAUGUAACGAUGCUAACAGUCUUGGUUGUUUUAAGUGCACAUGGGAAAAGGACAACUUUAAUAGUUGCCAAAUUACCACAACUGGCAACCCUGAAAAUGUAAAUGACAAAUUGAAGAAAAUGUUUGAGGACGAAGAAGAUAACACUGGACUGAAGGAAUCUUUGGACAAAAUAUGUUUACCAUGUCUAGAGGAGAAGGAAUUAUGUAAUCGUGCAGAAUGUGUUAUGGGGAGAUGGAAGGCUAAUCGGAACGGUCCAUCUGGAAGUGACCCUUGGGAAGAAGUUAAAACUCAACUGCAGGACCUCUCUAGGGAGAUAGAAAAGAACAAGAGCAGUGUAGGCAGCCACUGUGUGGACUUCAAGGAAGAAGAACAGAAGGCAGUAUGCGAGCUCAUUGCUGCAGGUUUAAAGAGUAUUUAUGAAAUUAAGGCAGGUCAGGAUACGGGAAAGACCACAAAGAAGGAUUUAGAGGACCAAUUAUUUAAACGUACCAUGCGUUGUGUUUUAUUAAAUGCUUUUGCUGAUAAAUUAGAAUCACUUCCAUGUAGUCAAGAGAAAAAAGUAAAGGACGCUAUAAGUAAAGCAUUUAAGGUGAAAAAUGAUGCUAUUAAGAGUGAAAGUGAUGGUUGCAAGAAUGAUGGUGAUAAAUGUUUUACGUGUACUAGAGUUACGAAUCUCUCAAGUUGCACAAUUAAAGAAAAUGGUAACCCCUCAGCAGCAGAAACGAAGUUACAGACCAAAAUUGACCCCAUGUUCAAAGAGGACAGUUUAGGAAUGAAGAAAAUUGAGGACGAAGCUCUGAAGAAAAUAUGUAAACCAUGUACAGAAGGCAGCAAUGGUGACAAAUGCACUUAUGUAGAGUGCAUAGCGAAUAAGUGGAAGACGAACAGGAAAUCAUCGAACUACGAUGAAAUGAAGACUGAAAUGGGCAAGGUUCUGAAUGAACUGCUUAACCACAUGAAAAACACUGCGAAUUGGAAUGGUCUUACGAAAUAUUGCAAAGACAAAACAUGGAAAGAUGGCGACGCCCAUGGCUUCGCUAAUGAAACUGCUUGCAAACUUGUUGCAGCAGGGCUGGAACAUAUAUCUAAAAUUCAGCAUGAAUAUAGUGAGAUGACGACGACCACUAAGGGCCAAGAUCUGAACCCCUAUGAUAACCAAGAGUUUAAACAAUUCAUUUCUUGCUUAGCGUUAAAAGCUAUUGUGAAAGAAAUGAAAGAAAAAAGUAUAAUUUGUGACAUAGACAAAGGUAUUGAGACCGCUUUUGGAAAGGCAAACGAAAUUAAGGGAGAACAUUGCAAAAAUAAGAAACCUUGCAUUGAAUGUAAAUGGACCGACGACUAUGAUGAGUGCUCCUUUGAUCAAAACCAAAGUGACAAAGUAAAGGACAAAUUGGAUUCAUUACUCAAGACGCAAGAAAGCGACGUCAAUAACAUCCUCUUCACAAUAACUAAAACAGGCGGAAACAACAGUUCUUCUUUAUGUAGACGUUUACAAUGUUUAACAUCUCGAGUAAACUCAUCUACUAGUAAGGACGACUUCUGGAAUAAGGACACUGGCGAAGUCGCCAACUUAUGGCAAGAAUUGUCACAAGCAAUGACCACAAGUGGCACAACUGAGCAUGCGGAAUGUAGUACAGUGGAUGAUAAAGGCACCACUGGCUCCGGCAGAACUCCCACUGACCCUGAAAGGAAGGCAUGCAAUUAUUUGCAUGCGGGUUUUGAAAAACUGCAGCAACUUUCAAAGCCCCCAACAUCUACAGUCCCUGUCGCCAAAAUCUUGGAUAAGCACCCAUCGUUGAAACAAACAGUGGGUUGUUUCUUACUUCACGCUUAUGCAAAACAAAUGAAAAAAGAAGCUAAAUGUUUAGUGGAAUCAGGAAUAAGAAAAGCUUUCGACACUGCUGUUAAAAAUCUUAUUGGUAGUUGCAAAGGCACGGAACCUUGUGUCCCUUGCCUUUGGAAUGAAGACAAAUAUGGCAGCUGUCAAAUUACCACAACUGACACAUCUGCCACCACCACCACAGAGCCUGCAGAUAAGAAAUUAGAAAAUGUAAAACCCAACAUUAACAACACCGCAACUACCACUCUAACGGAAAUAAACAAAACAGAGUCUUUAUGUGACUAUAUUAAAUGCGCCGGACCCAAAUGGUUCAAAAACAACCAAGAGAAAAAUGGUGGUGGUACCCCUACUAACAAGACUUGGUGUCAAUUUUGGGAGGAAGGCGUCAAAAAUCCCCUGGAAGAUUUGUUCAAAAACAUCGAAUCCAAUGGAAAGACCAACAAUAAUGGUGUAUGUGAACAAUUUGGUGAUGAAAAUCCACAUAGUGUCGAAAGAAAAGCUUGUAAUCAUAUCACAGCUGGUUUAGAACACAUUAACACACUCAGUGAUAGUGGUAAUACCAGCCGAUUGCUCGAUAGAGCAGUUGGUUGUAUUGCUCUUAACAUGUAUGUUGAUGAAAUAAUUAAAUUGACGGGGAAUAGUUGUCCCAUUCAUGAGGAUAGAGUAACACAAAUGUUCACUGAAUGGAAUAAUAAUAAUACAUGUUAUCGUAGUGGUGCUAAUAAAAAUGUUUGUUUUAAAUGUGAUAGGGUACCAACCUCCGACUUUAAGGAUUGCAAACUAAGUGUUUCCGAAACUUUGGUUGAUACAACAACAGCACAAGGUGGAACUUGCAAAACUGACGCAACUGAAGUGAAGACUAAAAUGGAAGGUCUCCUCUUCAAGGACAACCCAUCCAAAUCCAUCUCCAAAGUGAAGUCUACCUUAUCCACUAUCACUGACACGAAAUCCUCUUUCUGUACUCAACUCCAAUGUGCAGCAAAACAAUACUACGCAAAAGUCAAAAGCCCUGGUGCAAAUAGCAGCAAAGUGUCUUGGGCUGAAAUAAACAAUGUUGUUGAGAGCGAAUUAAAGACACUUCUAGAAUAUAUUACGAAUGAUGGGAAUUGGGAAUCCGCUUCCGGACACUGCAAUGACAUCGGUUUGUCGCCGAAUGGCGACACACCAGGAGAAAUAACUGCAAAGCAAAAAGCUUGUAAGCUUUUUGCUUUAGGUUUAAAACACAUUUCUGAUAUUAAAAACAAGAACAACAACAAAAGUGAUGAGAUACCACUUAAACAAACUAUGAUGUGCGCAGCACUCAAUCUUUAUGCUGAUCAAUUAAUAAAAAAAUCAACAAAUCAAUGUCCCUUAGAUAAUGAAAAAUUGAAUGACGCAAUAAAACACGCUUUCCAACAAAGUAAAGACAUUAUGGGGAAGGGAGCAACUCAAUGCGGACCUAGUAAUAAUGGUGUCAGUUCUUGUUUUGUUUGCAACAGAGAAGAAAACACUUUUAACACUUGCAAAAUUGGCAAUGACAAAAUAAAGGACAAUAUGACCAAACUCCUGGACAAGGAAGACGAAACCAACCCUGACAACAACAAGGAAAAAACACUAGAAAAAAUAAAUAAAAUAGAAACUUUUUGUACUCAAGUCCAAUGUGCUAUCAAACAACACUACCGAGCCCAAAAUGGACAAACACUUCCAAAUGGGAAAACACCAUAUUGGGAUACCUUGAGCGAUGAGAUCGGAAAGGAAUUAACGGAACUUCUAGAAGAUAUGAACGACUCUGAAAAGCAGUCGGCUGCUGAACGAUACUGCAAUGACAACAAUCCCCCAUGGUAUAAACUUGGCCAUAAAGAAAAACGAACAAAUAAAGCAGCUUGUUUGCAUUUUGUUGCAGGAUUGCAGCACAUUUAUAACCAAAAGAAGGUCUCUGUUAAGGGCCAGUUUAAGGGCCCAUCGUUUGAACAAACGAUGGGUUGUUUAUUUCUUAAAGAGUAUGCAAAACAAUUAAAAGAUUUGGCAAAUGAGAAGAAAAAGGGAAAUAGUUGGGUACAUCCCCAUUGCAGCAUAGAGGAUGGUAUAAAUCACGCUUUUGAAAAAAGUAAUGAAAUUAUGCAAGCAACACCUCCAUGCAAAGAUACUAAAGUUCCUAAUUCUUGUUUUGUGUGCAUACAAAACGAAAAAUAUGAUGAUUGCCUCAUUGGCAAGGACAAAGUACAGGACAAAGUGGAAUCAAUCUUCCAAGACGAACCGAACAAAAACCAUAUGCAACAAACAUUAGAGAAUACAGUCUGUCCCAUCCUUCUUACGGAUCUCCUUACCCCUUUUCUUCCUUUGGCUCCUGUCUCUAUUGGCCUUUCUGCUAUGGCUUAUUACCUUUGGAAGUAUUUUGGUCCUCUUGGUAAAGGAGGAACACGUUUUAGAAGAUCUCCUGCUGAUAUUCCUGGUCCAUUAGUACAAGAACAAGUCCUCGAUCAUGUGCAGCAAGAUAGUUCACAUGAAUAUCAAUUGGUGAAGGAACGAAAACCUCGUUCUGCUCCAACGAGAACGAAACGUUCUGGUCCCGUGAAUCGUCGCACGAUUAUUGAAAUUCAUUUUGAAGUGUUGGACGAAUGUCAAAAAGGGGACACACAAUUGGCUCAGAAGGAUUUUCUGGAACUUUUGGUUCAAGAGUUCAUGGGAUCCGAAUUAAUGGAAGAAGAACAGGUUCCUAAGGAAGGGGUUUCUAUGGAAAGUGUUCCAAUGGAACUUGUUCCUAUUGAAGAGGUUCCAAGUUUAGGUUCCGUGUUUAUGGUUUAG